AUGAAGAAGGAAAUGGAGGCACAAAUCGAACGCGAUCGAAGUCGAUACGAAGAGGUGUCACGGCAGUUUGAAUUAGCACAGCAGCAGAUCGUCUCACUGCAUGCGCAAGUUGUCGAAAGAGGCGAGGAUUACGCUGCACAGUCUGUAGUGGUCGAAAAACUGCUGCGGGAAAUUUCCCUCAAAAGCAGUCGUGAGCGCGAGCUGACAGCCGAGAACGCCGAUUUGAGUCGACAGGUUGAUGAAGCGUUACAUAGGCAGAAUGAGCUUGGCAUGCAGAUGAAAGAACUGCAGGUCUGUGCCGAUUUUUUUCUCUGUGGAAUCGUAUCUUCGAUAUCAACUAUUUUAAUCGCUCGG